AUGUCAUCAAUUCGGGACAAGCAAAUUGCAGCAUUAAAGCAAAUGCUCAACUUAAAUAGUUCUGAAUAUAAAGAUAAUGGUUCAGAACCAGUAUGGAAAGUACUUAUAUAUGAUCGCCGAGGCCAAGAUAUUCUAUCACCAUUAAUUCCAAUUAAAGAAUUACGAGAAUGUGGUGUAACAUUGCACUUGAGCAUUCAUUCUGAACGAGAUCCUAUUCCUGAUGUAGCAGCUAUUUACUUUUGUAUGCCGGAUCAAGUUAAUCUCGACAGAAUAGCUCAAGACUUUCAGAAUAAUGUAUAUGAAAAAUAUUAUUUAAACUUUAUCUCGGCUAUUUGUCGUCAAAAACUAGAGGAUUUGGCUAGUUCAGCACUACAUACUGAAAAUGUAAGCCAUGUUCAUAAAAUUUAUGACCAAUAUUUAAAUUUUAUUUCUUUGGAAGAUGAAUUGUUUAUAYUAAGUAAUCAAAAUGCUCAAUCAGUAUCAUAUUAUGCAUUGAACCGUGCAGAUGCAAAAGAUACUGAUGUAGAAGUAAUGAUGGAUGAUACUGUUGAUGGUUUAUAUUCUGUUUUUGUAACUCUUGGAACAUUACCUAUAAUUCGCAGUGCUCGUGGUAAUGCUGCAGAAAUGGUAGCUGAAAAAUUAGACAAAAAAUUAAGAGAAAAUCUAAGAGAUACUAGAAAUAGUUUAUUCUCAUCUGAAAACUCUGGAAUUUACAAUUUUCAACGACCCCUUUUGGUUGUACUUGACCGAAAUAUUGAUAUGGCAACACCUCUUCAUCAUACAUGGACUUAUCAAGCGUUGAUACAUGAUGUUUUAAAGCUAAAUUUAAAUAGAGUUACAGUAGCACAAGAUCAAAAAAAACCCAAAACUUUUGAUCUUGAUCCUAAAGAUUCUUUUUGGACAACUCACAAAGGAAGCCCAUUUCCUACAGUAGCAGAAUCAAUUCAAUCCGAACUGGAACAUUUAAAGAACUCUGAAGAAGAAGUCAAACAGUUAAAAGAGUCUAUGGGUUUAGAUGGCGAAAGUGAUGUGGCUUUAGCCAUGAUGAGUGAUAAUACUGCUAAACUGACAUCUGCUGUUAAUUCUUUACCACAAUUAUUAGAAAAGAAAAGAUUAAUAGAUAUGCAUACAGAUUUAGCUACUAGUAUUUUAUCUGUGAUUAAAUCGAGGCGUUUAGACUUACUGUUUGAAUUUGAGGAAAAAGUAAUGAGCCAAGCAUCAUUAGAUAAGCAAAUAUUAGAUAUUAUAAAUGAUACAGAAGCUGGAACUGCUGAAGAUAAAAUGAGACUAUUUAUAAUUUAUUACAUCUAUACACAUUCCAUAUCAGAUUCAGACAUAGAUAUGUAUUCAUCGGCUUUAGAAAAACAAGGUUGUGAUCUUAGUCCACUUAAAUAUAUUAAAAGAUGGAAAAUGUUUUCUAAUAUCACAUCUACAUCAAAUCAAUAUGGAGGUGGUACUAAAUCUGUUAAUAUGUUUGAAAAAUUACUUUCUCACACUUCCUCGUUUGUUAUGGAAGGAGUAAAAAAUUUAGUAGUUAAAAGGCACACGUUUCCUGUGACUAGAAUUGUUGAUGAAUUAUUGGAAAAUAAACAGUCAUCUGGCACAUCAGAUGAAUUUCGUUAUUUUGAUCCAAAACAGCUACGGAAUUCUGAUGGAUUUAAAUCUAAAAAUAAUUUUAGUGAAGUUAUAGUGUUUAUAGUUGGUGGAGGUAAUUAUAUUGAAUAUCAAAAUUUGUUGGAGUAUGUAAGAAAUAAAGCUGUAUCACCUGGUAUACCUCAAUUAAGAAUUGUCUAUGGAUCAACUGUAGUGAACAAUGCACCGGAAUUCUUAGAACAGCUGUCAUUAUUGGGUCAGGAAUUACAAUAAUUUUAUUUACAGGAUAAUGUGUAAUUAUUAUAUUUUUAUAUUAAACUAAUAUUUAUAAUAUAUUUAU